AAGGUGGUUUCUUAUUCUUCGCGAGAGCACUUCACGACCUUGCUUUCCGCUAUAUAAAAGUCAGGGCUGCGGUCGCACUGGUUUAGUUUUAAUUUCUUGGUUAUUUUCAGUUUACUCUUCAAAAGAAAGACCUGAGAAAUCGCAAUGGUCAAUUCAGUUUUCGACGUAGUAAAGAGCAAUGUUUUCGGCACUCCUAACGUGAAGGCGUUAUGUCAAGAAAAUUCCAAGCUUGCUAAUAUUUCAGAAGCUCAUACCACCGAGGUUACCAGAAGAUUAGCAGUGGCAGAUUCGGGGGAUAGUUGUGAGUUCGGCUCUGCAAAAUAUUAUGCCAUCUGCGGUUUUGGUGGAAUUUUAAGCUGUGGUCUCACACACACUGCGAUUGUCCCUCUCGAUCUUGUGAAAUGUAGAAUCCAAGUUGACCCAGCGAAGUACAAGGGAAUAUUCACUGGUUUUAAAGUCACAAUACGCGAAGAUGGUGUUAAAGGUUUGGCAAAAGGUUGGGCGCCAACACUUAUUGGUUAUUCAAUGCAAGGUCUUUGCAAGUUUGGAUUCUAUGAAGUUUUCAAAAAUGUGUAUGGAAAUUUACUGGGUGAAGAAAAUGCUUUUCUCUGGAGAACAAGUCUGUACUUAGCGGCUAGUGCAUCUGCUGAAUUCUUCGCUGAUAUUGCUCUUGCUCCAAUGGAGGCAUGCAAAGUACGUAUCCAAACUCAGCCAGGUUUUGCCAACACUCUCCGUGAGGCUUUCCCUAAAAUGAAAGAAGCUGAAGGAGUCGGCGCCUUUUACAAGGGAUUGGUUCCACUUUGGAUGAGGCAAAUUCCCUACACCAUGAUGAAAUUUGCAUGCUUUGAAAGAACUGUUGAGGCUAUUUACAAGUUUGUUGUGCCUAAGCCUCGGGCCGAAUGUAGCAAAUCUGAGCAACUGGUCGUUACAUUCGUUGCUGGUUAUAUUGCUGGUGUAUUCUGUGCCAUUGUGUCUCAUCCAGCUGAUUCCGUUGUGUCUUUGCUGAAUAAAGAUGCUGGAAGUUCUCCUAUUGAUGCACUCAAGAAAUUAGGACCAAUGGGUGUAUGGAAAGGUCUCACAGCCCGUAUCAUUAUGAUUGGUACGUUGACAGCACUCCAGUGGUUUAUUUACGAUUCUGUUAAAGUGUAUUUCCGCCUCCCUCGCCCUCCACCACCAGAAAUGCCAGAGAGUCUUCGGGCCAAAUUGGCUGCACAAGGAAAAUUAUAGAUAAUGAACCAAAUGAUCGCUAUUUAUUUAUUAAAUGUAUUUUGUGAUCUGAUUUGACAAUACCUGGUUUGACUUUUUCUAUACAUGCUAUAAUUUCAUUAGUUCAAUUUCAUUAUCCUAGCUCCAAGGUUAUUGCUCUGCACUAUUAUGUUGUGCAUGUUUAAAACAUUUUAGUAAAUUUGUUUGCGACCUCAACCCUGAAA